UUUACUCACUUUAUCUCCUGAGCCAAUAACAGACCAGUGGAGGAGGAGCAGGAUGGACCUGCUACAUAAAGGAGGCCUCAGGUUCUGUAGAACCCCAGUCCCUUCCAAAGCAUCGUUCACUUCUUGAACAGCUUGUGUGGUACUGAAGUCAGACAAAAUGAGCCUGUCAGCCAAGGAGAAAACUACAGUCAAGGACUUCUUCACAAAGGUGUCCAGCAGGUCCGAGGAGGUCGGAACUGAGUCUCUCUCCAGGAUGCUGGUGGUCUACCCUCAGACCAAGUCAUACUUCGCCCACUGGAAGGACUUGAGCCCUGGGUCUCCCCCAGUCAGGAAGCAUGGAAUCACCGUCAUGGGUGGCGUCUACGAGGCCGUGAGCAAAAUCGACGAUAUUGUCGGUGGUCUCCUGACCCUUAGCGAGCUGCACGCCUUCAUGCUCAGGAUUGACCCUGUCAACUUCAAGAUCCUGUCCCACUGCAUCCUUGUGGUGCUGGCCAUGCUGUUCCCCGAAGACUUCACCCCCCAAGUCCACGUCGCUGUGGACAAGUUUAUGGCCCUCCUAUCCCUGGCCCUGGCUGAGAAAUACCGCUAAAGGACAGGCACCGUUCGGCACGGCGCACCGGCCAGAUUGGUCUCUCGUGUUUGAAAUUAAUGUUCUUCAUUGAGAAAUAAAAAUGGUGCAAUUACA